AUGGACCCCGCUCAUGGCCAGAGCGACUGCAGGAGUGACUGGGAGAGGACAAACAUCGAAGGUAGUGAUGGGCGCGACCCGAUGGUGUCCGUUGAUCUGGACCAGUUUCUGGAUAGCUCAGAGUCACCAGACCGAGACAGCUGCAAAGACACAGACCUCACGGAGCAGGACAUGGAGCAGCCGGAGUGGAAGCUCUUCAAAACCAGCGUCUCUGGGGAGAUUGCCCAAUAUCAGCUGCACCGUUGCAGCGAUGCAAGGUCUGGCAUCUGUCGGCUCUUGAGGAGCUUCUGCAUUUGCCUCGGCUUCAUCCUGUGUGUGGCUCUCGUCAUCGUUGCAGUUUACGUGAUGCCACCCUUUGCGGAUCCAAACAGCGGAUUCUGGGAAAACUGGGUGUUCAACGCCAUCUCCCAUCCCAUCGCAAACCUCAUCAUUGCUCGAGGCGCGCUCCUCCCCGCCGUGAAGAUGCUCGGCUUGCCGCCAGAAACGGCGUCCGAGGUCAAAAAGAUCGUAACCGGGGCUGCUUGCGCAGCUCCAGUCGUAUGCUUUCUGACGCACCUGGCCUUUCAUGCUGCAGGCAUCUUCCCAAUUCCCUUUGCAGUCCCUGUUUCUUGCCAGCCUGCCGUGCUUUCCGCAACCUUCUUUUCCUACAUGCUGCUACCGAAGGAGGCUCGAGACAAGAAUUCGCGGCGCGCAUUGCAGUUCUUUGUCUUCUUCAUCGUCACAUGCCAGGGCAUGAUUGCAGUGCUGCUCAUUGCUUCAGUCUACUUCAAGGAGCUCACGUACGGUCAGCAGAUCCUAGCCAUCUUCGUGUUCAGCGGAUACGUGCAGGGUGUGUGCCAGAGUUUAGACUUGGUGGGUCGCUUCUUCUCCAUGUCCCAAGAUCGGAUCAAUGUCUUCAAGUGGCACCCCAACUUUGUCGGCUUGUGCUUCUCAGCUUCGCUCAUGGCUGAAGCGAAAGGGACAGGUGUGGAGCUCACCCUGGUGUUGCUUGAAGCAACAAAGGCACCCCAGUCCGUCAUGAAGGCUUUUGAAACACUUGCGGCUUUGGAUGCUGACAAUGCUCCGGAAACUGGGACCUCUACGAAGAGCUUGCUGAGGCGAUUGAUGUCAGCGGUCAGCCCUGCGGCACUCAAGCAGUCUGUGGCGAAGAAGAUUGCUUCCUGCCGUAGAGUUGCGAAAGAACUUCGGAAAAUUCAGGGACAGCUUCGAGAUAAAACGCAGCAGGAGUUAAACGAGACAUUCCUUUCACCGGAGGAUGCGGCACUCUUGAAUCACAUCUCAGCCAAGCUUGGCCCCGUCGCCGUGCUCGAGCUUUCGGAAAUGUUGGCGCCAGUGAUCUACAUACUCAUUACCUUGGUGCUGCAAUAUGCGUGGACGAACAAUCGUUCCUACUUCAUUGGAAUUUCCAGCCAGACAGAAGACGAAGUGGUGCAGGGAAUGACUGGCAAUGCUUUCGGCUUAGCCAUUGAGGCGGGCAUCUUUUCUGUGACAGCUUUGUUGUCAUGGAGGCUGCUGGGGGUGAACUUUGUCGAGCUGACAGCUUCUGCCAUCCUUGCGGAGAUUGACUAUUGGUUCUUCGUGUCCAUCACUGUUUACAUGACAUAUUGGACCUGCUUGAUCAAGCACACAGGGCACGACUUCAGCUUUCAAUUCCACUGGCUGCCCUGA